GCAAUACUAAUACUGCAUCAGGACUGGGCCCACAUUACUGACGAUGCAGCUCCAUCGUUAGUGUUAUCUCUGUACAGCGGAGAGGAGGACAGCAAGGGCCUUUACCAUGUGUUCGAUGUAGAAAAAGGGAUGAAACACUAUGGACCUGGCGGUGGUUAUAAUUUAUUUGCAGGUGAUUUUCUCUACCUAGCUAGCUAACUUAGUUGACUGCCUUAGCUAGCCAAAAAGGACUCCAUUUGAAAGUUGGAUCAUCUUAUCCUUUGAGGCUUCAAAAGUGUUCUUACACUGAUUUUUUAAACAUUCAAAGCAACUGGGACACAUCCAUGCAUUGUUGUCCUUUGAAUGUUCAAAAAUCUGUGUAAGAACACUUCUGAGCGAUAGGAAGCCUGAGUAGCACCACUAAUCAGUCUACACUAUAUAGUCCCGUGUAGCUCAGUUGGUAGAGCAUGGCGUUUGCAACGCCAGGGUUGUGGGUUCAAUUUCCACGGGGGGCCAGUAUGAAAAAAUGUAUGCACUUACUAACUGUUAAUCACUCUGGAUAAGAGUGUCUGCUAAAUGACUAAAAUGUACACCACUGAGCACACACCCGUUGUUACUAUGACAACUAUGUAAGCAAAUGACUACAGUCUGAACACAUGCAAAUCCGAUUUGUCACUUGUCUCUUGCUGUUUGGACAGUCAGCAUUCCAAAACGGAUAAAAAAAUAUAUAUAUACUGAUUUGAGCAUUAAGGCCUACAGUGAGAACAAGCAUUACAUGUACAUAAAAACAUGUACAAGAUUAUAUAGCAAAUACACUUCAAAAGAUACACACAGAUUUUGUCAGACUUGUAAAUGCAUUUUAUGCUGCUUUCUCUUUCCCCUUAAGGUAAAGAUACAUCUCUGGCCUUUGUCACUGUGGACUUUACAGAUACCAGUCUGACUGAUGACGUUUCCAGUCUGUCCUCUGCUCAGGUGGUGGCCCUGGCUGACCUUCUAUCACAAGGACUACAAGCCUGUGGGUGCGUAUCAAUGCCUGUAGGCCAGGGUAUCUUCAUGUGAGGGUCCCAUGCGUGGUCCAUUUGACAGAGGAACUUUUGUCAUUGAUACUAGCACAGUUGAUAUUAUUGAACUCAAUACUAGCCUGGGCACCAGUCUGUUAAUGCAGUCUUGCCAACUCCUUAUGGAAUCGUCAUGCAUUUGCAAGCAGUGGAGUGGAAUGAUACUUAGUAAACAGACUGGGACCCAGGCUAGUUCAUUACAUACAUGAAAAUAAUGGUCAAAUGUGUUUAUUUUUAUAAAGGCCCUCGCAGACUAAACAGGAAAACCCGGUGUUAGCCCACAGGACAAGAAUAUACAGAGAAUCCAUUGACAUUAUGAAGGCAAGCCCAUUUGUGAGAUUCAAGUUCCCCCUCUGUGAUAUGCUGCAGGCAGACUGGUGGGGGCGGAUCUACAGUGAUGGUGGAGAGCCCACAGAGGCCCUGCUGCAGGCGGAGGCAGCCCUGGAGGACGGGCAGAGACUCAAGGCCCAAGCCCAUGCUGAGAAGUAACACCUCCCAACCUGCAACUCAGAGUGGAGCGCUGCCAGUAGAGGACAGGUCUGGGGCUCCCCCAAGAGGUACUGACAUCAUGGUGCACAGAGAAACUUUGGGCUUGUUUAACAUUGCAGUCGUCAGUGCAGGCGACUGCCGACUGAUUGAUCUACAAAUCACCCUGAAUCAUAAGUAACUACUACUCUUUUAUUUGUAGAUCAGUCAGUAACGAUCAACAAUAUACCAUGGAUUUGAUGCUCUUGACCACGGCCAUUGUAUUUACUAGCUUAAGGUUGAUGGUGGCGCAAUAAUGUGUACGGCCCUAACAUUCCCAUGCUGAAGGAUAUCAUACACUAGGGGGCGCUAACUCAAGCCUAAAUAACAUUAAUUGUUGCCUCCUAUCUCCUAGAAUGGAUAGAAGCAUUCACAGCCAUUAUAGAGAUCAGUCUAUAAUGGCUGUGAAGCAUUACUAGGGAAGUGUGUUUUUAAACAUGUAGCUCUGAUUUGACUGUUCUUUUCUCUCCUCAGUGGUGUAGUGCAGAGACUGUGCCGGCGUAUCUUGGAAGCUGUUCUCUCCUGGCUCGGGCAGCUCUCGCUGUGUGUCCAGAACUCCUCCACAGUGGGAAACCCUAACAUCCAGGAU